AUGUCGCAAGCCUACCAGCCCCCGACCAGCGGCUCCGGCGCCGGCGCCGCCAGCAGCGUCGCCUUCGAGGACACAACCAAGCCGGUCGCGUACCUGUGCGGCGACUGCGACGCCAAGGUCAUCCUGCGCCGUGGCGACCAGAUCAUGUGCCGCGAGUGCGGCCACCGCGUGCUGUACAAGGAGCGGACGAACAGGAUGGUCCAGUUCGAGGCGCGCUAG